AUGAGGGUUAGUUCAGCGGGUACAGCGACGUGCCCUCCCGAGCGUUCCCGGGUUGUCUCUCGGCGAAGCCCCCUGCCCCGCGGCGCCCACAGAGGGGCUGUCCCCGUCUCGGUGUGUGUGUCCCCAGCCCUCCCUGCGCAGCCCCCGGCGGCGGUGACGGGGAAUCCUCCCCGAGAGGCUGCGAUAAAUACUCCGUCGUUACCCCGUGCCCCCCGCGGCCUGCAGGCAGCCCCCCCGUACCCGGAGGCGGCGGGGGGGCCGGGGAAGCCGGUGCCGCCGCAACCAGCGCCCGGCGGAGCCAGCUGUGCCGGUGGGCAGCUCCCGGCCCCCGUGCCGUGUCCCCCGCCCCCCACCUUGUCCCGGGACCGGGUUUGCUCCGCCCGGGCCGGCGCUGGGAGCCCUCUGCCCGCGGCUACGGCGACGUGUGCCCCCCGCCCGUGUGUGCUCCCCCCUCCCCGGGGUGGCCGUGGGCGGCCGUCAGCGCCCCCCGCGCGCGCGCACCCCCUCGGAAUUGACUUUUUGUGUUUCAGCUGCGGCAGCUCCCGUGAGGAUGCCGGAGGAGCGGCUGCCCGGCCAAGCACCGACCGCGGGGAUGCGUCCGGAGGAGGAUUAAUCGACACCCCCACCCCCGCCCCGUCCCUUCCCGCCGCCCCCCCCGUCCCGGCCACGAUGAACACCAACGUGUGCGUGGAGAGCGGCCCCAACCCCGAGGCGCCGGGGCUGCCCAAGGACAGCCACCUGCCCGAAGGGGCCCUCAACAGCCUUGUGGAUUACAACUCGGAGAUGGAGAGGUACCGCUCCUUCGCCACCUUCUACAAGACCAACGGCGGCGCCUUCCCCCAGGCGGCCAAGAUCGCCCGCAUCACCACCCCCAUCUUCCCCAGCGCGGCCGCCGCCGCCGCCGCCCGCAUCGGCAUGUCCCCCUGGAACUGCGACACCGCCACGGCCGCCGCCGCCACCGCCAUGCUCUGGGGCAGCGGCGGCGGCGGCGGCGCGGCGGGCGGCGCGAGGAAACCCUCCUCCUCCUCCUCCUCCGUCGCCGCCGCCGCCGCCUCCGCGGCCGCCGCCGCCGCCUCCUCGCUGCACGCCGGCAGGGGCGGCAUGCAUCACCGGAGCGACUCGCAGCGGCUGGGCAAGCCCGGCUGCCCGCCGGCCGAGCAGCCCGCCCUGCCCAUGGCCAACGGCAACUUCCUCUCCACCCUCGCCCCCGAGCACUGCCGGCCGCUGGCCGGCGAGUGCAUGAACAAGCUCAAGUGCGGCGCCGCCGAAGCCGAGAUCAUGAACCUCCCCGACCGCGUCGGCACCUUCUCGGCCAUCCCGGCGCUGGGCGGCCUCUCCCUGCCCCCCGGGGUCAUCGUCAUGACGGCCCUGCACUCCCCCGCCGCGGCCUCGGCCGCCGUCACAGACAGCGCCUUCCAGAUCGCCAACCUGGCGGACUGCCCGCAGAGCCACGCCUCGGCCUCGCCCGCCUCCGCCCUGGGCGCCGCCGCCGGCGCGGGGGGCGGCGGAGGCGGCGGCGGUGGCGGCGGAGGCGGAGGGGGGGCCGGCGGCACCGGCGGCGGGGCCGGGGCCGGGGCGGGCAACCCCGCCAAGAAGAAGCGGAAACGCUGCGGGGUGUGCGUGCCCUGCAAGCGGCUCAUCAACUGUGGAGUCUGCAGCAGUUGCAGGAACCGCAAAACGGGACACCAGAUCUGCAAAUUUAGGAAAUGUGAAGAGCUUAAGAAAAAACCGGGCACUUCGUUAGAGGUCAGAGGAGAUGAUUUCUUUUUCCCCAGCCUCCCGCCGUCCCUCCUCAACCCCCUGCCCCCGCCCCUCCAGUGCUUCUUGUCUAGCUUCAAGAUGCAGCAUCCCUUCUCCGAGGCCUCCUUCAGGCUCUGA